GUUUGGAAUUUAAAACUUCUCAAUUACAACCAUAAAUGAUUAUUUUUAAACUAAAUCACAAUUCCUGAGAACUACAUUCCGGGUCCAGAUAGAGAAGCACUAAGGGAUCCAACCCGUUAGGGCAGGAAAGGGAGGAGAAAAAGAAGGAAUAAAUGGUAAGCACGAAGGGAUGGUGACAAAUAUACGCCGUCUUUGACUUUUCAUCCCUUCCUUUCUGGGCCCCACCGCCCAACUCUUUCAGGCGCGCUCUCUCUCUCUCUAUUCACUCUCAAUCAUUCAUUGAUGGCGGUCCAUGGCAGCGCCCGGAGCACCACGCCUGCCGCAUCGCCUCCUUUCCCCAACUCCGGUGACCUCUUAGAUCCACGUAGAUGAUGCUUGUGCCGAUGAGCCUCUUCUACUCCGUUGCGUCUCUUUAGCUGGAGAGUAUGAGCAUCCUAGAUUCAUGGAAGAUGGACAAAUGGUUGGAUGUUCUUUAUCUUUGCUUUUUUGAGUAGGACUGUUCCAUUCAUUUCUUAUUGGUAUGGGUUCAUCUUGGGGAGGUUCAUCUGAGAUGGUGAACCUUUUGGGCAGUUAAAUCUGAUUGGAUACUUUUGUUGGUAUUCAAAGGGCUUUGAUGUUGAUGGGGUCAGAGUUGCAUGGACAAAGCUGUAGAUGCUUCCUUUGAUGAGUUGCAAGGGUGUCACAAUGUUUUCUAUCAUGAUGGAGUUUAGUUCUUUCAGAAUUUGCAUUGUAUUUGGAUUUCUUUCAUAGUGGUUUAAUUUAGUAGCUCUGGGAAACAAUGGAGGAGGAUACCAAUUCUUGGGUGAGGAGGGCAAAGUUCUCACACACUGUUUGUCACCGGCUGGAUUCAUCUCGAUUGCCGGUGAUACCUCUUGAUGCUGAAGCUGAUUGUGAUCCUGAAUUGAAGCUAAAUAGCCCAAAAGCAAUCCCGUCUAAAUUUCCUUCUAUGUCAAGCCUUGAGAGGAAGGAAUCUAGUAAGUCAAAGUUGCAGAUUUCUAGUUCGUUACCGAGUAGGUUCUCGUUUCAGAUUGGUGAUGAUCAUAAACUGAAACCAGAAGAAUCAAUACCAGACUCAGCAGAUUUCUCAUUCCAUCCUAAUCAAGAUUUUGGAUCAAAGAUAUCAGUUGAAGCUGAAGCAAAUCACAAUUCUCAUAAAUUCAGUCAGUUUAGAAAUGCUGAACGACAUGCCAAGCUGAAGAAGAGGUCCUUGUCCCCUCUUCCAACUACUAUCCUUUCGGAUAGCUUCAGAGAAGGUAGAGCUGAUGGGAAGAGAUUUUCUACGCCACCCCCUAGCAGGAAAGUAUCAGACAAAGGUAUUUUUGGGAAGCUGGUCUCAAGAGAAGCACAUGAUCAUCGGAUGUUCAAUCCCCUAUCACCUCCUGAAGCAAGUCCACUCCAGCAUUUCUCUUCAAUGAAGGUUUCUGAUAAGUCAAAGGGCCGCAAAGAGACGACAUGGGUGAGGUAUUUUGACCAUGGCGGAGGGAGAGUUAAUGCUGUGGAUACCACCGACGAAUGGAUGAUUAAUCUUUCCAAGUUGUAUCUUGGGUUGAGGUUUGCAUCUGGGGCUCAUAGUAGGUUAUACCAUGGUAUCUAUGAGGAUCAGCCUGUUGCAGUGAAGAUUAUUAGGCAACCUGAGGAUGAUGAAAGUGGAGAGAUGGCUUUUCGACUUGAAAAGCAAUUUACUAGGGAAGUCACUCUGCUUUCUCGUCUAUAUCACCGAAAUGUGAUAAAGUUGGUAGGCGCAUGGAAAAACCCUCCAGUCUUAUGCAUCAUCACAGAAUAUCUUUCUGGAGGUUCACUAAGAUCGUUUCUCCAUAAACUUGAGCACAAAUCACUUCCUUUGCCGAAGCUGAUUGCAAUUGCUCUGGAUAUUGCCCGGGGAAUGGAAUAUAUUCACUCUCAAGGUGUUAUCCAUCGUGACCUGAAGCCUGAGAAUAUCCUCUUCGACCAAGAAUUCUGUGUAAAAAUUGCUGAUUUUGGAAUUGCCUGUGAGGUGGCCUAUUGUGAUACACUUGCAGAGGACCCAGGAACUUACCGUUGGAUGGCACCCGAGAUGAUUAAGCACAAGCCUUAUGGACAUAAAGUUGAUGUGUAUAGCUUUGGACUAGUCCUAUGGGAGAUGGUCACGGGAACAAUCCCAUACGAAGAAAUGACACCCAUCCAAGCAGCUUUUGCUGUUGUCGAUAAGAACUUGAGGCCAACUAUUCCUACCGAAUGUCCAACUGCUCUACGAGUCUUGAUCGAGCAAUGUUGGGCAUUAAAUGCAGAAAAGAGGCCCGAGUUUUGGCAAAUUGUGAAGGUGUUUGAACAAUUUGAGUCUGUUCUCUCUCAGGAAGGUACUCUUGAUCGCAUUCCAAAUAUGACAAGCCAAGAACACAAGAAACGAUUGCUUCAUUGGAUCCAAAAGCUCAAACAUUUGCAUGGUGAUGACGACGAUGAUUCACUGCACCUGAUGCCUAAGCUCUUGUAACUUCACUUUCGAUUUUGAUAGCUUGCUGUGUAAUUAUCCAUUCAAUCUUAGGACCUUGACAUGCUUGUUUGUAUUUUCCAUUGUUUCUUAGAUUGUACUUGUGUACAUCUGUUGGAAAUCAAUGUUGCUCUUUGACUCUCACUGGGAUUGUAUUGGUAUAUUACUGCAUUAACUCUGGCAUUCGUUGGCAGUAAUUAGCUCGAGUUGUGUUUA